GUGGUUGCUAGGCUGAAGAUGGCGGCCAGGCGGAGUGUCUAACGCCGCGGGAGCUGUUGGACCGCGUUCUCUUUGAUUUCAGCGGCGGAGGGAGAAGGGAGAGAAGGAACGCUGCAAAGAUGGGGCGCAGAUCGACCAGUUCCACCAAGAGUGGGAAGUUCAUGAACCCCACGGACCAGGCCCGAAAAGAGGCCAGGAAACGGGAAUUGAAAAAGAACAAGAAGCAGCGAAUGAUGGUGCGGGCGGCUGUGCUCAAGAUGAAGGACCCAAAACAGAUAAUCAAAGACAUGGAGAAACUGGAUGAAAUGGAGUUCAAUCCUGUUCAACAGCCCCAGCUUAAUGAGAAAGUGUUGAAAGAUAAGCGAAAAAAGCUGCGAGAGACGUUUGAGCGUAUCCUGCGUCUGUAUGAGAAGGAAAAUACUGACUUUUAUAAGGAGCUGCGGAAGCUCGAGAUCGAAUAUGAACAGAAACGAUCGCAACUCUGCCAGUUCUUUGACGCUGUCAAGAAUGCCCAACACGUGGAGGUGGAGAGUAUUCCGCUGCCAGAUAUGCCUCAUGCACCAUCAAACAUCAUGAUUCAGGACAUACCCCUCCCUGGAGCUCAGCCACCUUCCAUAUUGAAGAAAACAUCAGCUUACGGACCAUCCUCCAAACCUGUCACCCUCGUGCCCCUUCCUUCCUAUGGGAUUCCACGAGUGCCACCUGGUAAGAAGCCACCUGGACUUCCCCCGGGUCCUCCACCGCCUCAGGUGAUAGCGCUUUAUGGCAGAAGGAUGGGCCCUCCUCCAGGAGUAUCUCUGAAGGGAAAAGAUGAAGAUAACGUCUAUGAUCCUGAAAUUGAGAUUCAGGAUAUGCAAGAGGACGAGGAAGAGGAAGAUAGUGGGGAUGACGAUUACAAUGAUGACAUGGAGCAGGAUCUAGAUGGAGAUCGAGAUGAUCAAGAUGAAGACAGCGACGACUCAAAAGAUAAAGACAGUGAUGAUGAUUUUCGGCAUCGAGAUGAAGAUGAUGACAGGCUGGAUGAUGAUAAACCAGGACGCAUUGUACGGUUUGCAGAUGUGCAGGACAAACACAAGAAGAAACUUAAGAAUCUGAAGGAGCUGACUCCCCUGCAGGCCAUGAUGCUUCGAAUGGCAGGGCAAGAUUUUCCAGAGGAUGAAGAUGAGGAGGAGGAAGAGCCCAAUGGUGAAAGGGGCCCUGAAGAGGAGAAGAUGGAUACAGAGGAACAGAGUCGUGACAAACGACCGCUGGAGGAUAACCAGUCAGAAGGGCCGCAGAUGCCGCCGCCGACGCAGAUGCCUCCUAGAGCACCAAUGCAAGCUCCACCAAUGCCUGGGCCUCCUCCCCUUGGACCUCCGCCUGCUCCUCCCCUGAGACCCCCAGGGCCACCAUCUGGCCUGCCGCCAGGACCACCCCCAGGGGCACCUCCAUUCAUACGGCCGCCAGGGUUACCCGGAAUCAGAGGACCGCUUCCACGGCUGCUUCCUCCCGGACCACCUCCUGGACGACCUCCGGGUCCACCACCGGGACCCCCACCCGGCCUUCCCCCAGGGCCACCACCACGGGGGCCCCCUCCUAGGUUGCCACCACCUGCACCCCCAGGUAUCCCGCCUCCUCGGCCAGGUAUGAUACGCCCUCCGUUAGCUCCUCCACUUGGGCCUGCACCGCCUGGACUGUUCCCUCCAGGCCCAGUACCGAACCCUGGAGUCCUAAGUGCUCCCCCAAGUCUCAUCCAGCGUCCGAAAAUGGAUGACAAUGUGACCACCAUCGAGAAGAAAGCCAUCGCCACCAUCAGCGCGAAGCCCCAAAUCACCAAUCCAAAGGCAGAGAUCACCCGCUUUGUACCCACGGCCUUGCGGGUCAAGCGUGAGAAUAAGAAUCAGAUACUAAUGAAGAAAGGAGAGGAAGAGACUGUUGUCCUGAUAAAGCCAAUACCAAAAGCAGCACCUGCUGUCUCAAUCCAAACAAAGGAUGACAUAUAUGAGUCUUUUAUGAAAGAAAUGGAAGGUCUUUUAUAACUAACUCAGACUUUUGCCCUUCGACUACCACCCUCUCAACAGUUCUUCGUUUUGAGAUUUAUGUGUAUAUUCAUCCCAAGUUUGCUUUUUUUUUUAAAGGUGCAUUACUGUAAAUGGAUGCUUGUGUGUGUGGUACACUGACUUGACAAAUGUUAUACAUAUAAUGUAACUCAACCUAAUGUGAUCUCUAUGGGUAGGAAUUUUGAAGCUGAGGACAGGCCCUUGUUUGUGAGCUUUCUAACACUGUGCUGGAGAUCAGACUUGCUGCCCAUUAGAAAACCUCUUAUUAAUGGUGGUUUAAAAAAAAUCGGGUUCCAGCAGUAAAAUAUUGUGUCACGUGUGGAGUCAAGCAUUUGAGACGAUAGUUGUUUAGAAUAAGCAUUACUAUCAAAACCAGAGUUUAAAAGAUGAUUGCUUCAAGGUAUGAGAUGUCGGGAUUGAUUUACAGAGACAGCUUUUUGCAGCAUAUUGUGGGAAAGAUAUCUUUUGGAUUUGUGCACAACUUAAACCCAGGAUUCCCGAAUGCUGUUUCCAAUCCUUUCACCAUAACAAUUUGAGAAAACAGUUUAGAUCGAUAUGUUUAAAAGCAUUGGAGCAAAGCAUGUAUCACUGGUCAUGCACUAGCUUUCAUGAGUCUCCAGCAUAAUAUCUUGGCUCAACUAAAUUGCUUUGAGAUGCUACAUUUAUUAAACAUGCCAGCAAUGUGAUAAGAGGGGACAUUCUCCUAUUGAUGUCUACUGAAGCCCAUUAUUUCUAUUUUGUGUUGUAUGUAUGUGUGUGUAUAACCUUCAGUGGUAUCUCUGCCUGGUGUUCAAUUGAAUGCUUACACCCUUUAUAUGUUCAUAUUUUACAUUUCGCAUUUUGGUGCUGGUGUGUUUCGAGGCAGAAACUAGACUGGACUGGAAAGAGCUUUCACUGAUCUCUUCCUCAUGCUGCUUUACAAGGAAUCCCCUUAAGAUUAUUUUGGGAAAUUGGUUGGAAAAUAAAUAUUUGAUAAUUUGUCUUUUGCCAGUGUGCAAUGCGACAUUAAUAAAAUCAAACACAUUUUCAAGGUUUUCUGAGGAAAAAUAGGACAUUUUUAUUGAAAUUUUGUAAAUAAGAAUUUUGAAAACUGCAUCCCAGAUCUAAUUUUUAUUGGCAUAUGUGUUACAAUUACUCAGGAGCUGAUUGACUCCUGCACAUAAAAGAUACCUUCACAUUGUUUCACAUCCUACAUUGCAUAAGUUUAGAGCAUGGAUCUUUAAAGGCAUCCCUACACUUGUCUGUGGCAUCAUCUGCAUCCUGGGGGAAAUGACUUGACAUUCAUGGUUGAACAAUGCUAUUCUCAUGUGCCACUACUAAUUUAUAAUGCCGUGAUAAUGGACCUGAAAUCACCAGUAUUUCAGCUGACGGUAAUAGAUUUCAAAACACUCAGUGGCUGCUACCUGCUUUAAGCUAAUGUUGUAUCAAACUUUCAUUAGUUUCCUAGUUACACAUUAUGGAAAUGGGUGGCAACUCAAAUUCAAUCUACUAUUCCAAGGACCUAAUCAGAAAAGCACUGCAAUUUUAAAACUAUUAGUUGAGAGAAAUUACUGUUGUACUGUUUGAACCUUUUGCUUUGUUUAAGUGUUGUACCGAAUGAAGUAAAUAUAAUUAGUUCAAUGA